AUGCAGUCAUUAAUUAAGUUGAUUAGAAAGGGCUGGCCGGAUCACAAGAGCCAAUUAGAAUGUUUGUUGAGACCGUAUUGGGAUUUCAGGGAUGAGCUUACCGUAGCAUACGACAUGGUGUGGAAGGGCGCAAGAAUAGUAAUACCUAAUUGUAUGCGUAAAGAAAUGUUGCUUAAAAUUCAUGCAGGGCACUUAGGCGCAGAAAAAUGUAAAAACAGGGCCCGUGAGAUUAUGUAUUGGCCCAGCAUGAGUUCACAAAUUUCAGACAUGGUCUCGCACUGCCAGGCAUGUCUUACCUACAGGAAACAAAAUAGCAAGGAAAGUCUUAUACCUCACGAAAUACCUAGCAGAGCAUGGUCAAAGUUAGGCGUGGAUAUAUUUCAUUUUGCAAAUAAGCCAUAUUUACUUGUUGUAGAUUAUUACAGUAAAUACAUUGAAGUAAACAAGUUGAAUACUAUGACCUCAUGGGAGGUUAUUGAUAAUUUAAAAAACAUUUUUAGUAGGCAGGGUAUUCCGGAAAUAUUGAUGUCGGACAAUGGUCCGGAAUUUAAUUCAAGCUAUUUUAAAAGAUUUGAGACAGAGUGGAAGUUUAGGCAUAUAACGUCCUCGCCGCGCUAUCCGCAAUCUAACGGCCAAGUAGAACGAACUGUACAGAUAGUAAAAAACAUGCUUAAAAAGACACAUUACGACCAAACAGAUUUCCGUUUAGCUCUUUUAGAAUAUUUGAACACUCCGAUUAGUGCAGACUUACCUUCUCCAGCUCAACUUUUAAACAAUCGUAGUUUAAGAGGGAUUUUACCGCGAGCCCCAGAAUUUUUGGAACCAAAAGUUGUCAAUAAAGAUAUAGUAAAAGCACAGUUACAUAAACGUCAAAUCUAUCAAAAACAUUAUUACGAUAGAACAAGUAAAAAACUGAAGGAAUUAAAGCAAGGGGACAACGUUAAAGUAUUUACAAAUGGGAUUUGGUCAAAUGGUUUAAUAAUAAAAAAAAAUAACGCGCGAUCUUAUUAUAUUAAGAUGUGCAAAGGUCGUGUAAUAAUAAGAAACCGUAGGCACAUAGUGAAAGAUAGCGAGUAUCGCAAUGAGUCAUACGUGUCGCCGUAUGACGCUGAUGAUUUCAACAUCGCCCGCGAAACACAAGCGGCGCGCACCCGUGUCCACGUUCUGGAUCCGUCCACCCAAUCAUUGUUAGGUACAAAUCGUGAAAGCAACAACUUAUAUGUUACGAAAUUUGGCAGGACAGUGAGGCCUCCUGAUCGGUACGGGUAUCCCUAA